CUCUAUCAGAUUAGUGUGACGGAAACCUUUGAAGCGAGAGGUGGAACUAGACAGUGAAUAUGUCUCCUGUAACACGUUUAUUGGUGCUGCUGCUAGCCAUCGGCGGCGGGAUGUUCUACAAGCGCUUGAAUCAGCUGUGGGGCGAUUUGCCACCGCCUACGCUUGACGCUCAACAAUGGUGGGGCGAUGAAGAACAGCCGAAAGACUAUGAAGCCUAUUUGAGCAACACCUCCGAAGUGAUAGGCAAUCGUCUUUUGUAUCCAGAAACGACUAUUCAAGAUUUGAUUAAGCAAUUGAAUCGCACGCUUCGGCUAACGCCUCCUCUGGAGGGCGUGGCUUUUGAAUAUGGCUUCAAUAGCGAUUAUUUGAAGGAACUGGUCGCCUAUUGGCGUGAUGACUAUUUGCCGCGUUGGCGCGAACGUGAAGUCUUCCUGUGGCAAUUCAAUCACUUCACCACGGAAAUCCAAGGUCUACGCAUGCAUUUUUUUAACCUGAUGGUCUACGAUGAAAAUAAGGUGGGCAAAAAACACUAUCCGGUGCUCCUGCUGCACGGCUGGCCCGGGUCGGUGCGGGAGUUCUAUGACUUGAUACACAUGCUACAUCAAACCAAUUUGGAUCCGAACAACAAAUAUAUAUUCAAUGUAAUUGUGCCCAGUUUGCCGGGCUAUGGUUGGUCACAGGGCACAUCACGUCCAGGCUUGGGUCCUGCCCAGAUGGCUGUGAUGCUUCGCAAUUUAAUGUUGCGUUUGGGCUACAAUAAGUUCUUUAUACAAGGCGGCGAUUGGGGCUCUAUUUUGGGUUCUCAUAUAGCCACGCUGUAUCCGCAAAAUGUGCUGGGUUAUCAUUCGAAUAUGUGCAACAAUUUGUCUCCCAAAUCGCAAGUAAAGGGUCUGCUAGCUAGCGUCUGGCCGAGUUUGUUUGCGCCGAGCGGCUUUGUGGAUUUCUUCUUUCCUAAAUCAAAGGAGUUCAGUUAUUUAUUAGAGGAGAGCGGCUAUUUCCAUUUGCAGGCCACAAAGCCGGAUACUGUGGGUGCUGCACUGACGGACAAUCCGGUUGGCCUGGCAGCCUACAUCCUCGAAAAGUUCUCCACAUGGACAAAUGCCAGCUAUCGCUCGCUGCCCGAUGGCGGCUUGAAGAAGCGCUACAAACUGGACGCCUUAUUUGAUAAUGUGAUGAUCUACUAUUUGACCAACUCCAUAACAACCUCACAGCGUCUCUACGCCGAGGCGUAUACUAAGGAACAGCAAGAACUGAAUCUGGACCGUGUGCCAACACUUGUGCCCACGGGCUGUGCUCGUUUUAAGGGUGAUAUAAUGCACUUCCUGGAUCUGCAAUUGAAGGACAAGUAUAAGAAUUUGAUACACAGCUCAUACUACAGAAGAGGUGGACACUUUGCGGCGAUGGAGUUGCCCAAGGUGUUGUACAAGGAUUUCAUUGACUUUGUUAAGAAAGUUGAAAGCAAGUUUAAAAUAGAAUCUUUGUAAGUUACGAAUAAAGUUUGAAUAGCAAAACUA